AUGGCCGCUGCACUCGACGCAUCGCUCGCGUCGUCGACCGCGUCCGCCGCCGCCGCCGCCGCCCCUCGUCCCGACCUGACCCUCCCCUCGUUCGCGUCGUCGUUCCGCUCAGAGUACUACGAGAAGCCGCCGCCGGGUAUCACGCAGGCGGACUGGAUCAGGCUUGCGAGGCGCGGCACGGACAGGGCAGACGAGACGAGCGCGGCGGGAGACGGGGACGACGCGAGCAGCUUGUUGGAUGAGGAGAUGCCGGCUCGCAACGGCGCAGGAGGGCGCAUGGACGCGUCGUACGAGGACGAGGAGGAUAGUCUGGGCUACGGCGCGCAGGGAGCGAGGGCCGCGAGCGCCUUGUCGUCUCGCACGGCGGGGUCCAACACGACCGGCUCGCGACAUGCGUCUGCCUCGACCGCCGUGACUUCGCAGCCUUCGCCUUCCUCUCGCACUACAUUCGACGAGUCGGCGACCGCGGACGACGUCUCUGUCUCGACCGAGAUGGACUCGCGGAGACGAGCGCCCGAACCGAGGAGGGUCGACAGCUUGAUGGACCUGUCUUCGGCGACGACGACGCAGACGGCCGACGAGUCGAGCUUGAGCAACAUGUAUGGCGGGGCGGGGCUCGGCGGGUCGAUGGCGCCGUCGCAGCAGAAGAAGGGCGGGGCGGGCAAGGACAGGCUCAAGGCGCCCGGCGGGGGAGCGAUGUCGCUGCGGGAGCAGGAGAAGGUCAUCGACGAGCUCAAGAAGGACAACUUUUCGCUCAAGCUCAAGCUGCACUUCUACGAGCAGCGUCUCGAGAAGAUGGCGCCCUCAGCCGUCGAGCAAGCUCUCCGCGAGAAUAUCCAGCUCAAAGUCGAGUUCCAGACGCUCCGGACCGAGUUGAAGCGGUACAAGAAGCUGUUGAUCGAGGGCGACAAGGCGAUUCAGAACCUUACGAGGGAGAGGGACGAGGCGUUGCAGGGUGCGAAGGGAAAGGGAAGGGCGUCGUUGGGCGGGAACGCGUCGGCGAGGGAGCGCGAGUUGGAGAAGCGGUUGCAGGAGCAGGAGGAGCAGCGGGACCUGUGGGAACGCAAGGCGCGCGAGUUGCACAAGGAGAACAAGCAGAUGCGUGGUGGUGCGGGUGCCGACGAAGUCGAGGACCUUCGCAACCGCCUCUCGGACGCCGACUCCGAGUCCGACCUUCUGCGACGACAGCUGACGGACGCACAUGACGAGCUCGACGAGUUACGGCAGGAGGUGGCGGACAUGCGGAUUGAGUUGGCGGACCAGGUUGACCGGAGCGGGGUCAGCGACGGACGAGGGGCAGGGCGGGUCAGGCAGGAGGUCGAGAAGCUGGAGCAGGACAACGCAACGCUUCGCUCGCAGCUCUCGGCGCAGCUCACGAUGUUGUCGACCCGCAACGACGAGAAGAACGAGUUGCAGGCGCAGGUCGAGGACCUCAAGGCCGAGCUGGACGCCGUCGAGGGGGAGCUAGAGGCGGAACGGAGAGAGCGGCAGCGGAGUCGGGGAAUGGGCGUGGACGGGGGUGACCGCGAGGAGCUGGAGAAGGAACUCGACUCGCACCGCGACCGCGCCUCGUCCCUCGCGCUGGAACUCGAAGACGUGCGCGCCGCUCUCGACGCAAAGGAGCGCGAGAUCGAGGAGUUGCUUGCGGAACUCGACGAGCGGGAACAGGUGCACCAGGAGGAGCUCGGGAAGGUUGCCGACGAGUGGCGAGAUGAGGUGGAGGAUGCAAGAGAGAGGGAACGGGAGGCGAGACAGGCCCUCGUGGAGAAGGAUGCUGACGUGGAGGAGUUGGCGGACAAGGUUGAGGCGCUCGUGCGAAAGGUCGCGGAGAAAGACGCCGAGCUGCAGGCCGAGCAGGACGAGACGGCGGCGCUGACGCAUGACCUGAAGAAGCUCGGCGCGCAAAUCUUCCAGCUCGAGGAAGAGGCAGACGAGAAGGACAAAGAGGUUGACGAGCUGCGGCGAGAACUCGAAGCGGUCGACAAGGAGCUCGAGAACAAGGUGUCGGUCCAUGAGCAGGUCGUCUCGGCGCUUAAGGAGAAACUCUCCGGGCACAAGUCCCGCCUCUCGGAACUCACCAUCCAGCACGAGUCGUCGACGAACGAAGCCGCCUUCUUGCGAUCCAAGGUCGAGGACCUUGCUCUCGCGCACGGCAAGCUCGAAGAGCAGACGCGCUCGGACGCUGCCGAGAAGGAGCGGCUGCAGAGCGAGGCAGACGAGAUCAUGCGUGCCCUGCACAAGGAGGAGGAGGACCGCGAGGCUAUCGAGGCCGAGCUGUCGAGCGUCAGGGCGAACGUGCAGCGACUGCAGGGCGUUUUGCAGGACCGCGAAAAGGACGUCGUUGACCUCCAACGUGCGCUCAACGGCCUCGAGGCUUCGUCGCGGCGUAUGGGCCAGGACGCCUCGUCCGACAAGAUCGCGCUCGAGCUCGAGAUUGACCGCGUCAAGCGGGACUUGGCGCGCGCCCAGCAGGAUGCGCAGCUGACGAGGGAAGAGCUCGACGAGCGGAUCGCCGAGAGUCGCGAGAAGGAUGUCAAGAUCGCGAACCUGGACGCCGAGAAGAAGGACCUGUCGAUGCAGCUCGCCUCGUUGCGGCAGACCCACAUUACGCUGUCUGACAAGCACGACGUCGCGACGAAGACCCUCCGCGAGACGCAGCAGGAGCUCAACAACGCCCGCGACCGCCUGCGGCAUGUCGAAGACCAGCUGAACACGGACCACCGCUCGCUCACCAAGACGGAGAACCAGUACCGCGACCAGCUCAACGAGCGCAACACGCUGCUGCUCACCGUCUACCAGGCGGUCGACAAGAUUGCCGGAUCCGACAAGCGCAAGUCACCCUCGCUUGCCGAACCGCCAAAACCCUUCUCCAACUUUCCCGUCUUCCACGAGCGCCUCCUCGACCGCCUCAAGUCGGUCAACCAGCUACACAUGUCUUUCGAGCGACGGACGAAGGAGCUCGAGAACAAGUUCUUCGACCAGCUGCAAGCCCUCAAGCGCCAGCAGGACAACCGGCACAAGCAACUCGACCGUUUCGAAGCGUCCCUCAAGACGGCAACCGAGGCGCAGAGGCAGUGGCGGCAGCGGGUGCAGCAGAAGACGCUCGAGUUGGAGAAUGCCAAGGCCGAAGUCGCCUCGCUGCAGUCGCAGCUCGGCUCACUACGACGGUCGCCCAAUCCGAACGCCUCGCCCAACCCCAACUCUCCCCGACUUCCCGGUUCUCCCUCCUCCGAAUCUGCCCUCCUCGCCCGCCUCCGAACCGCCGAGUCAAGCGUAUCCACCCUGCAGCGCCGCCUCACCGCCACCCAAGCACAGCUGCACGACGCUGAACAGCGACUGGGCGAACAGCGGAGCAAGUACGGCGUCGCCGAGGGCAAGUGGGAGGCUCGCGUGCGGGAACUCGAGCAGCGCGUGCGGAACGCCGAGGAGAAGGUCAAGCGCGAGAGGCAGGGCGCGAAGGAGCGUGUCGGAGAGUUGGAGGCUGAGGCGAGACGCCUCCGCGAGAACAUCACGGACGCCGCACGGCGGGCGCAGCAGCUCGACGGUGUGAUCGACAGCCAGGCGAAGAAGACGCCCGCCUCUUCCGCCUAG